AUGUGCAGAAACAAGGACCAGAAGAAUCACAUGAUCUUGCACCGAGAGCUAAAAUAUUCCGUCGAGACCAAGCCAAUUGCUCGUUACAAUUUAAAGUAUGGAGUUCAAGAUAAAGAACAUGGUGCAGCUUAUGGCUCUUUUAUCAGAUCACAGAAUGAAACUGGGGAGAUUUAUGAUGAGUUUCGUAGUCAGAGUGAAUUUUGGUUCAGUAGUCUGUCUGGUGAGGUUUUAGUAAAACUGAAACAAUUCUAUUCAGAUCAGAUCAAUGGGCAUUGUUCAGUACUCAUUAAAGUUCUACCUGGUUACGAAAACAUCUUUGCUUCACAUUCAAGCUGGUACAUUUAUUCAUCAAUGCUGCGAAUUUAUAAACAUUAUAGUUUCAAAUUACAAGACAAAUCGGCUGCAUCUCAGACUAUGAGCUUCUCAAGUUAUCCUGGCUUUCUGAGCUCAUUGGAUGACUUCUAUAUCAUGGACAGUAAACUUGCUAUGCUACAGACUACAAAUGCUGUAAUUAAUCACACGCUUUACAAUUUGGCCACACCCCAUGCUUUAUUAGCAUGGCAUCGUGUACGUUUAGCUAAUUGGUUAGCUAAUAAUGGAAGAGACUGGGCUCAAUAUAUUACUGAAUAUAAUUCAGGUACUUAUAAUAACCAAUAUAUGGUACUGGAUCUUAAACUGGUUAAUUUAACAAAUGAGAUUAAAGAUAAUGCACUAUGGGUUGUGGAACAGAUACCAGGUUAUGUUGAAGCUGGUGAUCAAACUGCCAUCUUGAGGGAAGGAUACUGGGCAUCCUAUAAUGUACCAUUUUAUGAGAAAGUAUAUCGUCUGAGUGGUUUUCCUGAAGAGGUGCAGAAACAAGGACCAGAAGAAUCACAUGAUCUUGCACCAAGAGCUAAAAUAUUUCGUCGAGACCAAGCCAAUAACAACUUACCAAUAUUUAAAUGGUCAACAUCCAACAUUACAGCUCCUCAUUAUGGACAGAACUGA